AUGGGGUCGAGGUUCCUACUCUUCAUCGUGGCUGUCGUGGCCAUGAAACAGACGGUCGAAGCCCAACCCACAGCUCCAUUGACGGCUUCUGCCGAAAUACAGCAAGACAUCCAGUUCCUUGAGUCUGGUGUUGACCGGCUCGGAGGGAAAUCUACAUCGGAACUACACGCUGCGUUCAUCUCAACAAAACCAGAGGCGAUAAAGCUCGGCCAAGCAAACAACUGCCCCAUUUCCAUCACGUGCAACAUAACCGACAAGUUCCGGUCAGCGGACGGCAGCUGUAACAACAUCCAACAUCCUGACUGGGGACAGAGCUUCAUCCCAAUGAGGAGGUUCCUUCCACCACAAUAUGGCGACGGUAUAUCAUCGCCCCGAACCACUGGAAGUGACGGAAGCCCGCUUGUAAGUGCACGUCUUGUCAGUACCACUCUUCACACCCCUGACGUCGACGCUUCGUCACAGAGUGACGUCACACACAUGGUCAUGCAGUGGGGUCAGUUCCUGGAUCAUGACAUCACCAAUACCCCUAUAGAACGAGGCACUGACGGAGCUGCCAUAACAUGUUGUAAGGAGGACGUCCAAGGCGGAGCCCCAUCCCCUGCCUUGAAUCUCAGUGAGAGUUUACUAAGAGUCGGAGAUGGAACUUCCUUGAUUAUCCUCCAGUCCGGAGUGUUUGUCCCUGAUCAUACUCAACCACGUCAUCGUCUUGUAGUUCCAGCAGAACAACUGAACCAACUGACUGCUUACAUAGAUGCGUCGCAAGUGUAUGGUUCCACCGAGGAGGAACAGCAUGAACUACGUGCUAACACUGGAGGUUUGCUGAGAACAUCAUCUGACAAUCCGGAAUUGCUUCCCAGAAACUCCAUCCCGGAUUGUGUAACUUCCACUGAACCCAACUUCUGUUUCAAGGCAGGUGACGAGAGAGUGGACGAGCACAUGUCUCUGACAAGUAUGCACACCAUCUGGCUACGGGAACACAACAGAGUGGCCAGGAAGCUUGCAAGUAUCAACCCGCACUGGGAUGAUGAGCGGCUGUUCCAGGAAGCCAGGAGGAUUGUGGGAGCCAUGAUGCAGCACAUCACCUAUGCUGAAUUUCUUCCCCUGGUCCUCUCCCCUACAUUUUACAAAAAAUAUAAACUCCGUCCAUCUUCUGGUCCUGUUAAUAUUUACGAUGCCCGUGUUGAUGCAAGUGUCCACAACGCCUUUGCUACAGCUGCCUACCGCUUUGGACACUCCAUGCUAAGAUCCUUCUUUAGUCGUCCAAACAGGAGAUAUAAAGGUGGAAAAGAUCUUCAACUAAGAGACUCAUUUGGAAACACAUCUAUCAUCAUUUCAUCAUCAGGUGAUGCUAUAAAUAGACUGACAAGAGGGCUGGUGGUUGAUAGGGCCAAUUCUGUGGACAGACACGUAAGUCCUGAAGUUUCCGACUUCCUUUUCCCAGAUGAUGAAGGCAAUAGUCUUGAUCUGGUGUCUUUAAACAUUCAGCGUGGCCGUGACCAUGGUCUACCAGGAUACAAUGAUUGGCGGAGGUGGUGUGGAUUCCCGGAAGCUAAAGAUUUUAAAACCAGCCGUGGAGGACUUUAUGAGCAUUCUGUCAAGGCGGCGGCAGCUUUUCAAUCGUUGUACAGAUCUCCCAGCGACAUUGAUCUGUUCUCUGGAGGCAUAUCAGAAUGCCCAGUUCCUGGAGGUCUGGUGGGGAACACCUUUUCUUGCAUUAUCGGCCGUCAGUUCGAGCUGCUCAAGAUCGGCGACAGAUUCUGGUAUGAGACGGAUGACAAGGAUGUUGGGUUUACACCAGAUCAGCUGACUGAACUCCGCCACACGUCUCUCUCCCGAGUGGUCUGCGACAACACCAACACAAAGAAGAUUCAGCCUAACGCUUUCAAGAGGGCAGGAAGAGGGAACACCCUCAGGUGGUGCCGUCAACUACCCAAAGUAAACCUUCGUGCCUGGCGGGAGGUUCAACAGGGUGUUUGGUCCGCCUGGUCACCCUGGUCCGCCUGUAAACGCGGAUGGAGGACUCGGAGAAGGUCCUGUACGAAGAGAGGUCGAAAAUGUACUGGAUCGAAGAAGCAGAAAGAGGCGUGCGGCUCAGACUGUGGGUUCCAGCAGUGGGGGGCGUGGGGCAGCUGUGUGCAGGGAUGUCGCUACAGGAGACGGGUCUGCGACUGCAGGAGCUGCGGCCGCGGAGAAGACUUCGGCACUGACAAUUGCAAGAUAAAAGGGAAGCGUGGUCGCAAACGUAUUUGUGCCAAGUUGUAUGGAUAUGUAAAACGUGGUACUUCAAUACAUACUUGUCCAAAUAAAAGUCUAUUCGAUUUCCAUUCCUGUGUUGCCGAGUCGGGGUCGGGGUCAGGGUCAGGGUCAGGGUCAGAGUCCCCAUAAGUGUACCGCACGUCGCUUGAAUAAGACGUAUAUUGUUGUA